AUGAAUAAUUUAAAGAAUUACGAUGAUAAUUCAUUACUGUAAACAGUGAGUAAUUUUGUUAAGAACUUUAUAUUUGGAUUCUUGUAUAUUUUAUAAAAGGAGUCGAAAACGAAUGCAGUAUUUUUGGCAAUUUUGAAUUUGAUUCAAUAUAUACAAUUGCAUAGUUAUAUGUUUAGAGAGGAAAUAGGUUAUGUUUGGUAAAAUGAUGGAAUAUCGAAUGCAAUUAAUAUAUUGAUAGAACAUUUGCUUUUGAAAGUGUAUUUCAUUAGUUAGUAGAGCUAUGUAAUAUUUUUAUUGAUUCAGACAGGAUUGUUCAUUUCAUUAAUAUGUAUAAUAAUAUACUUUGGAUAUUAAUAUCAUACAAGUUCAUACAUAAAUCGAGCAGCAUCUUCAAUAUUGAGGAUUAUGUUACUAUUAUUGAUAACAGUAUUUUUUAUGCCAAUAAUAAAUUACAAUACGUCUGCAUGGAAAUGUAUAGAUGAUGUAGAUGGAUAAAGUAAAUUUUAUGAUUUAUAAUGUUUUACUGCAAUUCAUAUAGGAUAUUGCGUAGUUGCAUUCUUAAAUUUGAUUUUAUAUAUAGUUUUAUCAAUGACAAUAAUAUUCACAUAUUUUGAGUGUAGAUUCAGAGCAAAUGAUUUGACAGCAAAGAUAAAUGGUAGAGCCGAUGCAAUAAUGCAGAGUUAUGUUAUUGUAUAGGAGAUAGCAUUUUCUAUAAUGCAUGAUCAAAACUUCACUUAUAUAUUAUUAGUAAUAACAUUAGGUGGUAGUUUAAUUAUAUUCCUUGCAUUUUCUCUAGGAACUUAAUAUCACAGUUUUCUAUUUACAAGAUAUCAUUCUACAUUAUCUUCAUUAUUAAUGUGGAGUGUAUUUAUGUUAGCAAUAGCAACAGCAAUGGAAGGUAAUUUGAUAGGUGGUUCUAUAGUUGCAUGGUUAGUUGGAAUUCCAUUUGUUAUAAGUAUUGUUUUAACUUAAAGGGACAGACAAUUGGAAAGUUUAGUGACAAAUGUUAAUAAAUUGAAUAGUGCUGAAGAAAUUAUAUCUCAAGUUAGAUAUAUAUUGACACUUUUAAGAUUAUAAAAUUAAACUAAAUACGCAGUUAUUUUAGAUGGGUAUAUAGAAGUACAUAGAUAAACCUGUGAAAAAUUAGAUUGCCCAUUAAAAAAGUAUAAACCUGGAUGGAAUAAGAGAUUAAUCUAAUAAAUUAAAUAGAACAAUUCUGAAGUGAAAAAUGAUAAGCAAGCAUUAUUAAUUCUUACUUUCUAUAAAAUAUUGGAUUAAGGAUUAGAAAAGUUUGAAAAGAAUGUAGAUUUGAGAAUUUAAUAUGCUUUCUUCUUAUUAGAAGUUAUGUCGUAUAAACAUAAAGCUUUAUAAGAAUUAUAAAAGGCUGAAGAAUGUGAACCUAGUUUAGACACUUAAUUUGUUUUAUAUAAGUAUAAAAGAAUUGUUGAAAGUGAAAUCUAGGAUGAUUAAAAUGAAAAAACUAUAUCCAAUCAUGAAAUCCUACCUAUUUCAGCAGCUCCACCUAUUAUUAGUGGUUUAGCUAUGUAAAUUGAAAAAUGUGCUUAUCUUCAUAUGGAAUAUUGGUCAGAAUUAAAUGAAGAUACUCCUGAUGUAGCUAAAUUAGAAGUAAGUGGCAAAAAUGUUACAGAUAGUAUUAGAUUAGUUUAAGAAUUAUGGUUAAAAUUAAAAAGAGUGUGUCCUAAUCAUUAACCUAGUAUUAUGUUAUAUUCAGUCUUUCUAAUUGAAAUUCUUAAUGAUAAAGAAUAUGGUGUUAGUCUAAAUGAUACUUUACGUAAAAUGAUUUAAGGAUAUAAUAAUAGUAAGAUUGAUGAUAUUGACAAUCAUGAUUUUAGCAAUGAUCCAACACCAACUAUUGUAUUAUCUAGUGAUAAUGAAAAAUUUGGAUUAAUCUAACAAAUCAAUUCUAGUGGAGCAGCAUUAUUUCAUUAUACAAAAAGUGAAUUGAUGAAUUAAAAUAUAUAAAUUUUAAUGCCUGAUAUGAUUGGUAAAUCACAUGAUAGAUUUGUUGAGGAUUUUAUCAACAAUUCUGAUUAUAAAUAUGUUAGUAAAGAUAGAUAAGUCAUCUGUAAAAAUAAAUCUGGAUAUUUAUUCUAAAUGAACUUAAAUAUCAAACCAAUUAACUCUGUUAAAAAUGGAAUUUCUUUUCUUGGAACUUUUACUUAAGAUAAAUUCAAUAAAUAAAAUGCUUUUAUUUUAGUCAAUCCCAAAAAUCAAAUCGAAGGUAUCAGUACUGGCUGUUUAAGUUUAUUAAAACUUGAUUUAAGAUACAUAAAAGCUAAAAGAAAUUUCUUUGAUCUAUUUCCAUAAAUAACUGAUAAGGAUUAAUUUCUAAAUAAAUAAGGAAAUACAGUUUCUUAUAAAAUUCCUAAGGAAAUCUUAAAAAUUAUUGAGAGUGUUAGAAAAAAGGAGGACAAAGAUUUCAUACAUAAAGGAAUUGAUGAUAAACCAAUUUAGUUAUAAUGUUAUUGUUAAGAGAUUUCAUUUUCUUAUGCUAAUUUUCCAGCUGGCUAUUGCUUCAAAUUCGAAAAGAUAGAUUUAUCUGCCUCUUAAUUGAAUAGUUCAAUAAUAUCAAAAAAAUCUGGUAACUAAUUAAUGGAUAAUAGGAAGUUAAAAAUGAAUUAAAAUAAAUUUAUAUUCUAAUGUAAAUUUGAUGAGGAAAAUACAAUGUACAUAGAUGGAUUAUUUAAAGAAUUACCUAGUUAUUCUGAUUUAGGUUCAAGAAUAGAUUAAUCAAAGAUAGAUGAUAGUUUUUUAACUCCUUAAAAAUUGGAUAUAACCAUAUCAAAUAAAUAAGAUAAAACAGAUUCAUAAGAAGGGUCUCCUAAAUUUAAUGAAAUUUAAGUUUCAAGCAAUAAAAUUAGAUAUGAUGAGGGUAUUAGAACAGUUAGAUUAUUUUAAAAUAAAGUAGGAGAAAUAGUAAAUGAUGAUGAUUAAGUAAUGGAAGAAGAAGAACAAGAAUAUGAAGGUAAUUAAUAUUAAGGUGUAAAUUAAAAUUUAUUGUAUGAUGAUUCAGAAGAAUAAUAAUCAGAAUAGGAUGCUUUUUAAAGUAGAACAAAAUUAGAAUAAGCAAUAAAUUAAAAUGAAACUCCAUUUCCUAUUAGAUUUAUAAGAAUUGCUGAAACUUUCUUAACAUUAUCCAUGCUUGUUUUGGCAUUUGUUGAUUACUUUUUAGAUGUAAAUAUUCAUAUACAUUAUUAAGAUCAAUUAAUUGUAAGAUAUCCAAUUAACCCUUGAAGUAUAUAAUAUUCAAACCAAUUUAGUUGCUGAAUGGAAUUAUUUAUUAGAGAAUAUAAGAGAUUUGCAAUUACUUAAUCAGAGAUUAUAUGGUAAUAAUACCAUAUAAAUAAAUUAAAACGAAACAUUUUUAAAAAGUGAAAUGAAAUCUAGUAUUGAUUAUAUCUAAGAAGGAUUAAAUUACAUUAUUUUAAGUGGAUAUGAAUUUCCAUCUGAUCUAAGAACCUUAUAUAAUGAACCUAAAAUAGAUAUGAAAUUCAAUAAGACAUAUAGUUAAUCAUUUGAUUUUCAAGAAGCCUCAAAUCAAUUAUUAAGUUAUGCUUUAACAAUAAUGAAUUAUCCUUUAGAAUAGAUUUCAUUAAAUUCUGAUGAUGUUGCAAUCUAUUUUACUAUUUAGAAUGGAUUCAAUUCUUAUUUAGAUGCAUAAUUAAAUGUGUUAUCAUAUACAAUAAAUGAUUUCAUUUCAAAAACAGCGGAUAAAUCUACAAAUUUUGUAAUAAUUGUUGUUGUAGCUGGUGUUAUCUUAGCCCUUUCUUUAGCUAUUGUAGUUAUCAUACUUUUGUCUACUAGAUUAGCCAAAGAAUAAGUCAUAAUAAUGUUUUUAGAGUUACCAUCAAAAGUAGUUAAAGCUCUGUUUAACAAGUGUGAAGCAUUUGUAAAAUAUGUUAAUUCUAUUGAUGGAGAAGGUAGUGAAAAAGAUGAAGAUUUUGAACAUUAAAUUGAACAGGACGAUAUGGCAGCUAUUGAUUCUAAAAAAAAGAAAAAGAAAAAAUUCAAAAAUACAACUAAAGCCCCUAUUAAAUUUUAUAUUUAAGUAAUUCUUAUAGCUGGAUUUAUGGAAGCAUAUUUCAUUAUGCAAUUAGUACUUUAGAAAUAAAACUUAAGUGAUUUUAGAUAAUUAAUUUAUGAAGCUAAUUCUACUAUUAUGGCUGAGGGUUUCUAUGCAUUUUGUAAUAAUGUUUAAUAAACUGUCUUAAUUGACUCCUAUCAAGAAGUAUAAAGUAAACCUGCGGUUUAAAUACAAUAUUAAAAUUUAUAUCGUCUCUAUUAAUUAGAUUCAACUAUCCACAAAGAACAUUCAGCCAAUAUUGAAAAACAUGAAAAAGUUUACAUUGAAGCUUAUAAUACAAUCAUGUUUUCCAAUCCAUGUCAAAGAUUAAAUGAAAUUGCCAAUAUUACUAUUACUGAUUGCGAAAUCUUUGCUGAAACUAGUGUUAAAAGUGGAUUCACGGUUGCUUUAACAAGAUUCUUUGAAAAUUUAAGAUAUAUAUCAAGUAUUUACUCUCAAACAAUGUAAACCCCUACUCCUCCAUUAACAGAUUUUAUUGAUUCUACAGAAAAUAUUAUUUUUUAGAAUCAAGCUGACAAUUUAAGAAUCAAUUUAAUGAAACUCUCUAAAAUGUAGGAAGUUAAAUAAAUGUAAAGAAUUUAUUUUAAGUAAUUUUAUUUUAUUUAUUAAGAACUGCUAUACGAUAUUUAGGUGACAGCUUUAUUGAAGGCUCUUAAGUUAAAUAGAAUUCUUAUCUGUCAUAAAAAUUAGGUUUAUUUAUAACUUUUAUGAUUAUUAUACUAUUGAUUUAUCUCUUGUAUUGGAUACCAUUCCAUCGUCACUUAAAUCGCGAUAUUUGGAAAACAAGAAUGACACUCUUAAUGAUACCUGUCGAUAAUAUUAGAAGGCUUAAAAAUGCAAAAGCUUAUUUAAAAGUAUUGAUAAAUUAAUAAAAUUGA